GCUGACUGCUCAGUGCGCGGCUCGAACGAACAGCUCAGUACGGAAGUCGACAAAUGAAAACAACAGCGCGGGGCUGAUGGGAAGAGUCGGGAGUAAAAAUGGCGUCUCCGAAAACUAUACCUAAGGAUGCACAGGUUAUGGUUCAGAUUUUGAAAGACAUGGGGAUCACGGAGUACGAACCUAGAGUUAUCAAUCAGAUGCUGGAAUUCACCUACAGAUAUGUAACAACCAUCAUAGAUGACGCCAAAAUCUAUGCUACACAUGCCAAGAAAUCUAAUGUCGACGCCGAUGACAUCAGACUAGCCAUCCAAUGUCGAAUGGACCAGUCGUUCACAUCCCCUCCUCCACGAGAUUUCCUCCUGGAGGUUGCUCGGCAGAAGAACCAGACUCCUCUUCCUCUCAUUAAGCCCUACACAGGCCCACGACUCCCCCCUGACCGAUAUUGCUUAACCGCACCAAACUACAGACUCAAGUCCCUACAGAAGAAAGUGACGUCCUCAGCCGGGAGAAUCACGGUCCCGCGUUUGAGUGUCGGAGCUGUGUCCAGUCGGCCGAGUACUCCGACUCUCGGCACGCCCUCUGUUCAGACGGUGGCCUCCAAAAUGGGGACGCCGGUGUCGUUAGCUGGCCAGCGUUUUACUGUUCAGAUCCCCUCCUCACAGGCUUCAGCUGUGAAGUCAGCCACCCCAUCCACACCAACAGUUCAGAAUGUCCUCAUUAACCCGUCAAUCAUAGGCUCCAAGAACAUCCUUAUCACAACCAAUAUGGUGUCCCAGAAUUCAGCAGCAGACUCGGGCUCCCUGAAGAGGAAGCACGAAGAUGAUGACGACUACGACACCCUUUGACCUUCUACGUAGUGACAUCUAAGUGUUCUGAAAGCAGAAAAUGUUUUGUACAUGGUUUCUUAAAAGAUGGCCGUCUCUAGUCCUUCAAAUGUUCCUGUUGAAAUGGAAAUGUAUCGUCAACCAUUAUUUCGUCAGAUCCCAAUCACUGAGUGAGGUUAUGAACACAUCAUCUACACCCAAUUUCUUUUCUUUUCUGUUUAUAUAAAUAAAUUUUGGGAAAAAAAUA